UCAAAAUCAAUGCAGCAAAUGGCUAACCACAGCACCACAUCUGAAUUCCGUCUUCUGGGGUUCCAGAGCCUUCCAGAGUGGCAGACCCUACUCUUCAUUAUGUUCUUACUUAUCUAUAUCCUAACCAUAACUGGCAAUGUGGUCAUCAUUGCAGUGGUCAAGCUGGAGCCAUGUCUUCAUUCUCCUAUGUACUCUUUCCUGCAAAACCUCUCCUUCCUAGAAAUCUGGUAUACCACCACUAUUGUGCCCAAAAUGCUCAGCAGUCUCCUCAUAGACAGCAAGACUAUCUCCUUCAAUGGGUGUAUGACCCAGCUCUACUUCUUUGUCUUCUUUGGGGCAACAGAGUGUUUUCUGCUGUCAGUGAUGGCAUAUGACCGGUACCUGGCAAUCUGUGACCCGCUGCAUUACGCAGUCGCCAUGAAUACUCUGUUUUGCACUCGUUUGUCAGUAGGAUCUUGGGUGAUUGGUGUCUUCACGGGGUUCUUGCCAUCUUUGAUGAUCUCCAGACUAAGUUUCUGCAGAUCCAAUCAAGUCAAUCACUUCUUUUGUGACAUCCCACCUUUGCUGAAAAUCUCCUGUUCUGAUACUUCAGUCACUGAGAUGUGCAUCUUUGUUCUCUCUAUAUUGGUCCUUUUCACUUGCUUUUUGCUUACCUUGAUAUCUUAUGCAUUCAUCAUCUUGACUAUCCUGAAAAUCCCCUCUGCUUCUGGAAGGAAAAAGUCUUUCUCCACCUGCGGCUCACACUUGGCUGUGGUGGUGAUAUAUUAUGGCACCAUGAUUUCCAUGUAUGUUAGACCCAGUGCUAAUGUUUCCUCAGAGCUGAAUAAGGUAGUCUCCAUCUUCUACACUGUGGUAACACCACUUCUCAACCCUGUCAUAUACAGUUUGAGGAACAAAGAUUUCAAGGAGGCCUUGCAGAAACUGGUCAACAGGAAAUGUGCCCUACACAGCUUAUAA